CACUUCUGAAGGAGGGGGGUCAGAAGGUCAGCUGCUGCUUCAGGGAAGCUCUGGGUUCAUCCUGAGAUCGACUCCUCAGAUUGAGGGGAGAGAAGAAAGCGGCUGUGUUCAGGAGGGGGGGCGCAGUGGGGAUGGGGGGAGGGAGGAGCUACCUGUCCCACCGGUUCUACAGGUAAACGAGCCGAAGGAAUGUGACUCGGAGCCGCCCUCCUCCGAUCCAGAGCAGGGAAACCGGGCCGCAGACCUGGAAACUGGAGCUCUCUGCAGGGGGGGGCAGAGCCUGCAGGGGAACCUUCUAGAUCCUGACGUCAGGAGAACCCAGGAACCUGAGGAGCAGCUCCCAGUCCAGGCAGGAGAGGAAGAGGAGCGCGCCUUCCUCGUCCCUGCAGCAGCAGGACGGAUACCUGACGCUGCUGCUGAGGGGGCGGGGACCAUGACUCAGAGCCGCCACUCAAACGCUGCAACGCAGCAGCAGGAGUCAGACGAGCCGUCGGCAGCCCGACCACACGGACCUCCUGCCCUGCAUCCAGGUCACCGCCGCCUCAGCUUCCAGCCUCCAGCAGCAGAACCAGAACCGGACCACAUGAUGAGUUCGGGCCUCAGCAGCCUGAGCACCAAGCUGACCCUGAAGAACCCGUCUGCUCCCAGAGAGGAGGAACCCAAACCCCGCUUCCACAAAGUUUCUCUGGUGACCACAGAAACCACCUGCAGGUCCAGUUCUCCUGAUCCAGAACCCGAGUACCGAUGGAAGAACCGUUUUCAGGGAGUAACGCCAUUCAGGUCCAGCAGGACCUCCCUCCCUGACUCCUCCUCUCCUCUGCCUGAAGAUGAGCCAGACUCUCAUCUCAGCCCCUCCUCCUCUGUGUAUCUGAGCCCGUUGGGAGCAGAGGAAAGUGGGCGGGGCCUGCUAGAGGAGGAGGAGGGGCCAGGUGCAGGUGGAGGGGAGGAACGGCUGAAAGGAGAGACAGAGUGGAGAAUGUCUGAGCAGGAGCUGCAGCAGCUCCCUGCGUCCUCCUGCAGCCCAGAAGACGAAGACAGCAGCUUCAGCGGAGUCUUCACCGCCACCCUGGUGGACCUGGUCUCUGAUUCUGCACCCCCCCUCACCCCCCCAUCCUCCCCCGACGUGGACUCCCCCUUAAACGACAUGGACAGCCUGGUGGACACCCUGAAGAGCAUGGAACCCUCUCAGAGGCCCAGGGGCCCCGGCCUACGAGCUGCUCCUCCCGUCCUGGUGUCCUUCCUGCCCCCCAUCAAGGAGGACGCGGUGAGCCCCCACCUCCGCGACCCGACCCCCUCCCCACUGAGGACAGAGGAGCCCCAGAACCCUCAGUACACGCUGCCAGCUGAGCUGGGCCUGAAGAGGAACGCGGCCAGAGACAGCCGGCCGCCGCUGGAGCUGAUGAAGAAAAACCAGGAGCAGAACUCCUCGCUGCCCAACGGAAGCGGAGCUCCCCCGUCUCCCACCACCAGCUCCCGCCUCGACAGCAGCGUCCUCUUCGGAGCGUACCGCUCCACAUCCUCGGACCAGAAGCUGGAAAACGUGAACGUCCAUCGGCCCCUGUUCCGCACCAGUUCCCUGCCGGAGACGGGGUCCCCUGCUGUGAGAAGCAGGGACCCCGGUGACGCAGGGCCCACUGGGAACCCAUCAGGGUCCCGUCUGGAGCGUCUCUCCUUCCUGGUGAACUCGUCGGGUUCCCUGAACGGAGCCGGGGAUUCUGGUUCCUCUAGGAUCAGCCGGGGGCCCAGCCUAAACCGCGGCUCCCCCACCUCCACCAGCCCCACUCGCCUGCUCAGCCCCACCACCUCCAUCUACCUGCACCGGCCCCUCGCCAUCUCGGAGCCCCUCCCGUUCAGCCAGGGGCCAGGUGUCCUACAGAGGAGCCUAAGCUACGAGGGGCCGUCACAGACGCCUCCUUUCAACGGCCUACAGGGAGGGGCCCCGUUGGGUAGCAUUCAGGGAGGGCCCCAGUUUAAUGGCGUCCAUAACGGCCCCCGCUUCAACAGCCUACUGGCGGGGCCCCAAAUCCAGCAAGAUGAACCAGACUGCAGCCUGAUGUCCAAAUACCGCGCCUUCCCAGACGCCUAUCUGACCAAAGAGAAGGAACACGGGAAGCUGAACCCUCGUCCAGGAAAGAUGUACAUCUUCGAUCGGCCUGGGAUGUGCGGCCAGAGGAUGGAGAUCCGAGGCGACGUUGUGGACGCCACGCCCUGGGAGCUGCAGGACAGCAUCUCAAUCAGGGUCGUCAGAGGAGGGUGGGUUCUCUAUGAGAAGCCCAACUUUAAGGGGGAGAAGAUCGCCCUGGAUGAGGGAGACACGGAGCUCACCUGUCCCUUCGGCUCAGCUGAGGAGAACGGAGGAACCGCAGAGGAGCAGACGGAGAAGGAGCCGACCCGGAAGUUCCUCAUCGGAUCUGUUCGCAGAGCCGUCAGGGACUACAGCGUUCCAGAGAUCAGUCUGUUCCCGGAGGAGAACGCCGAGGGAAAGAAGGUGGUGUUCCGGGACACGUCUGAGGACGCGCGGAUCUUCGGGUUCCCCGUCAAAGCCAACUCCAUCAUCGUGAACUCUGGGCUCUGGCUGGUCUUCACGCAGCCCUUCUUCCAGGGCGCCCCUCGGAUCCUGGAGGUGGGGGGGUACUCCACCCCUGCAGCCUGGGGGGGGGAGCCUCCCUACGUGGCGUCGCUGCAUCCUCUCAAAGUGGGAGAACCUCGGGUGGAGAACAUGAGGGAGCCCAAGAUGGUGAUCUACGAGAAGCCGUACUUCACUGGGAAAUCCAGGACCAUCACCUCCAACAUGAGGGACUUCAUGAGCCGGACGGACCACCAGCAGAGCGUCUUCAUGGGCAGUCUGGGCUCCCUGAAGGUCCUGGGGGGGAUCUGGGUGGGCUACGAGAAGGAGGGCUUCCGGGGACACCAGUACCUGCUGGAGGAGGGGGACUAUCACGACUGGAGAGUGUGGGGGGGCUGCGAUUCGGAGCUGCGCUCCGUCAGGAUCAUCCAGGCGGACCUGAUGGAUCCAGUGAUGGUGAUGAUUGAGCACUCUGAGGAAGAGGGGGGCGGGAUGGAGGAGGAGAAGGCCUUUGAGGUAACGGAGGCCAUCCCUGACGUGGAGCUGUUCGACUAUAAGACCUCUACCCGCUCCAUCCACGUCCUCAGUGGAGCGUGGAUCGCCUACUCCCACGUGGACUUCUCAGGGAACCAGUACAUCCUGGAGAAAGGAGUCUACAAUAACUGUGCUGAUUGGGGCUCCCAGGACAGCCGGGUCUGCUCGGUCCAGCCCAUCCUUCCGGCUCCAGCAGAUGCUUCCUCCCCCAAAGAUGAGAUCAUCCUCUACUCUGAAGCAGACUUCCAGGGAGAGCGUCUGGUGGUCCAUCACAGCCAGGGGGCGCUGGCAGAGAGGUUUCUCACCAGGUCGUGUCGGGUGGUGAGAGGAAGCUGGGUCCUCUGUGAGAACAAGCAGUUCUCUGGGAAUAUGUUCGUUCUAUCGGAGGAAGACUACCCCAGUCCGGCCAGCAUGGGCUGCUCCUCCAGCUGCUCCGUCUUCUCCAUCAAACUGGUUCCGAUGACGCUGUCGGUUCCGUCCAUCUCUCUGUUUGGACUUGAGGGGCUGGAGGGCAGGGAGAUCGCCGCCGAGUCCGAGAUCGUCAGUCUGUACCAGGAAGGCUACAGCAACCACAUCCUAUCUGUCCGAGUCAAAAGCGGCUGUUGGGUGUUAUGUGAACAUACCAACUACAGGGGGCGCCAGUUCCUCCUGGAACCAAUAGAAAUCCCAAACUGGCCCAAGUUCAGCUCGCUGCACUCGAUUGGCUCCCUGUACCCCGUCAGACAGAAGCAGCACCUUUUCCGGGUGAAGAACCAGGAGAGCGGUCACUUCCUGUCGGUGCAGGGAGGAGUGGAGGAAAUGAAGUCUGGUCGGGUGGUGGCGACGGCGGAGGUGGAGCCUCCCAGCGACAUCUGGUUCUACCAAGAUGGACUGAUUAAAAACAAGCUGUGCCCCACCAUGUGUCUGCAAGUCAUGGGUAGCGUGGAACCUGCGGCCAAGGUGGUUCUGUGGAACGAGACUCGCCAGCCGAUCCAGACCUGGUCGGCCAAGAUGGACGGCCUGAUCAGCAGCCUGACCUUCCCUGGAAUGGUUCUAGAUGUUAAAGGAAGCAAAACCUACGAUAAGGAACAUGUGGUGGUGAUGCCGGAGAACGACGAGAGGGCGAGUCAGCGGUGGGAGAUCCAGCUGCUGUAGCCGCCAGCUGAGACAUGAACCUCCUGACUCUGGAGCUGCACGUUCUCCUGAACUCUGAGACCUUUACCAUGGAGGCGGGGGGGGGGGGACUGCGAAGGUGCAGCAGAAGGACGUUCCGACCGCCGUCAGACCGGAUCUCCACCGAUCACAUGGUUCUGCUGCAGCAGGCAGUAGGACAUGGUGGAAGACGUGCUCUCAGGAUGUUCAUGUGUAAAUGUGUGUUAGUCCCGCGGAGCUUCGCUGCAGCCAUGAUGUUCCUGAUGGAACAAUUUUAAAAUCUCAUUAUUGCUUGGUGAACAUGCUUCUCCUUAAUAUUUUAUAUAAACUCCACGAUGAUGAUGAUGAUGAUGAUGAUGAUGAUGUGUGUGAGGGAAGGGUUUAAAAUUGUUUAAUAAAGUGAUAAUAAGAUGAA